AACAUAGGUAGUAGUAAUGAUUAUUAUUGCAAUUGAGUUGGACAAUUAUUGUGAAUUUUCAAGUAUCAUCCUGACAAGAAUGCAAAUGAUCCUAAGGCAGGGGAUAUGUUCAAAGAGGUCACAUUCUCUUACAACAUACUAUCAGAUCCUGAGAAAAGGCGUCAGUUUGACGCUGCUGGUUUUGAGGCUGUUGAUUCAGAAAGUCAAGAACUUGAGCUGGAUCUUUCAAGUUUGGGAACUGUAAAUACAAUGUUUGCAGCACUAUUUAGCAAACUUGGUGUGCCCAUAAAGACCACAGUCUCAGCAACAGUGCUGGAAGAGGCAUUAAAUGGUAGAGCAUCUGUCUCACCUCUUACACUAGGCCAGCCUCUAUUUAGAAAGGUAAAAUUCAAGUGUAUGUCAAUAAUCUCUCUAUUAGACUUUUAAAAAAAUGGCCUCUUCAAUUCCAACUUGGUUUACAGGUAGAAAAAACAAUCUGCCCAUAUUUAUUCUGUCACAAUAACUGAAGAGGACGCGCUGGGUGGACUUGUCUGCCGUGUGCAAUCAUCUGAUAAAAGCAAAUUUAAGGUUUGUGUUAUACUGCAGAAUAUUUUCAUUUAGCAUCUUAGUUCUCAGGUUUUGUGCUGGUCUAGGCUGACGUUUGAGGGUUUAAACUAGUCUGAUUGAAUCUCGAUGCCAUACCUAGCCUUGCCAAUGAUUUGCAUAAGAUAGUGGACAUGCAAAGUAAUGGUUAAUAAUUGUUUGAGAAGAUGUACACAUGUUUUUCUUAUUGCAGCUUGGCAUUGACUUAUUUGUUUCCACACUUAAACAACUUUUUAUUGUACACUCAUGGUUUGCGACUUUGCGUCAUUCAUUAAAAGGAAAGGGCCUCACUGAAGAGGAUAUUUGAC